AUGUCCUUGGACGCAAUGUCCAUAAAACGCAAAAAUUUGACGUUUGACAGCUCUCCAGACGCGAAACGGUCUCGCAUUUCUGCUGAUGAUGAACAAGGCGAGGGUGUAAGCUCAUCAUCAGAGUCAAUUAAGGCUACCAGCAAGUACCCGCGCAACGAUCCGGUCUUUGGUCAGAAACACGCGUUUCCAGGCUUAGAAGACGAAAACGACGACGAGCUUCUCUACGGUCCUCCCGAAGAUGGCCUGGAAUAUCUGCGCAUGGUUAGAUCUGAAGCGAGGACUCUGCCGUCUAUUUUUAUUGCACCGAAGAGCGUAGAAGGUAACAGGGAAGACCUCAAUGGUGAUAAGUCAAAUGGAGAAAAGCAUGAAGUUGAAACAAGUUAUGAAGGGUGCUACGCGAAUGGUGUCUACGUUGCGCUUCCUACCACCACUGAUGGAGCUGUUGCGUUGCAGCAGGCAGACAACAUCGAGCCCGAUCCCCAGGAGGUGUAUUACAACCUUCUCCGUCACCGAUUUCUCCUCUUACGGUCAACUUUAAAAUGUAUACCUCCAGCCGAAGCAAUUGCGGCGCUAGAUUCACAACAUCCGAUCACGUUCCCAGAUGACUCUAAACGAGCGCGAUUCGAAUGGCGCUUGUUUGUACAGAAUGUUGACCCACAGAUGGUACAAAUUGCUUGCAUGGAUCCUGACAGUGUGCUGCGCGCAAUUGCUGUUGUCACGCGACUGAUAUCUGAUGCUGCUAUGAGCGGCGAGAUUGCGCGAGUGACGAGGUUGGCAGCUUGGGCGUGGGGGCUUCUAGGCCGGUGUCGGGAGGUUGGGGAAAUGAGCAGCGAAGAGGUCGCGGAUAUUCGAGAAUUAGGGAAACGAGCGGUGAAGAUUUUAAAUAAGAUCAGAGAGGCAGAAGCGCAGAAUUGCCCCACUGAGGCGGCUGGCGAAAACGGAGGGGGUAUGAUAGAUGAAGGAGGGAAGGAUAAUGUUGCUGCUGAGAACAGUCAUGAUGCUCAGACCGGACAUCAAGAUGAAUACAGCCCCCCGAGCGUCUUCCCUGAAGAACCGAACCAACUUCAUGUGGGAAAAGUAGCAGCCGACUCCGAACCUACUACAACUAUGAACGGCACGUUAAACGAAGCAGACGAGCUUGAAGCCGCCAAAGCGCGGCUAAGAGCUAGGCUGGCAUCUGUCUAUACCGAAAGUGAUGUUGACGCUGGGAAUAUUGAACAAGAGACCAAAGAUAAUGGUGAAGCUGUGGGAAUUCGCAACGAAACGCGCGCAAUGCUGGACAUGAUUAUCAGCGUGGUUGGCGAAUUCUACGGUCAGAGAGACCUUCUAGAAUCUAGGGAUCUCUGGGAAGAAGGAGAUGGUGGCUGGUAG